AUGGAAGUGGCAACAACAAACAAUCACAGUCAGAGCCAUCAUCAUCAUCAUCAUCACCACCAUCAUAAUCGUCUCGGUGCUGGUGCUGCUGUCGGCAGUGGCAACAACGUCAGCAGCGUCGGCGGUUCCCGUUCACCAUUUCAGCGCGAGGUGCGUGAAUGGCAACGCAUCGAUCCGGACACUGGAGCGCUGUUCAGCGGUCGCUUGGAGGCAGAUCGCUGGAUAAAUGGACCACUGAACAGCUAUGGCAAGAUAUCCGAUUCCCAAAAUAUCUCACAGCCGAAUGGCACACAGCACACACAGCGCAAGCAAAUGGAGGUGCUGCGCACCGCCAAUGGCGCCAUGCAGGUGAUACGCACACAGACAGUACAAAAGACAUCAUCCACAUCCCGUUGGUCCACCUCCUCAUCCACCACAACCACACAGCAGCAGCAGCACACCACCACCACCAGCAGCACCACCAACGGCGGCAGCAGAGCGCCAAUGGCGUCAUGGGCGCCUCGGUCUGCCCAAGGCGUUGACAUUUGUGAGCUGAGCGAAGAUGACAACGAUGAUGAUGAUGAAGAUCAUGAUGAGUAUAGCAUACAUAAUGGCAGCGACGCUGGCGUCGUCCACGAAUGCACGACUCCAUCGACAUCAAGCACUGGCCAUGGCCAGGAGCUGGUUGAUGAUCAUGUUGAUUUUGUUGUGAUUAAUGGCCAAGCAGACGACGACGUUGACGACGUUGAUGACGAUGACGACGGCGGCGGCGAUAGAGACGACGGUCAUUUAUACAAACUCGGCCACAAUUUGUUACCCGAUACAGCGCCAAGUUUGAAAUUGAGCAAUCUAAUGAAAAGCAGUUCAAGUAUUUCCAGCCAAAGCAGCAACAAUUCGAAUUUAACAACUGCAGCGGGUGGAGCGGGUGGAGCAGCUGGCAACAACAACACCCACAGAAAUGCGGGCAAAAUAAGCCUACAUGCAAUUGUUGGACAGACGGCAACAGCAACAGCAACAGCAGCAGCAGCUCCAGCAACAUCAUCAACUUGGCCCCAGCGACUCGAGCAAGCUGACUUAUAUGGUCAGAGCAACAACAGCAACAACAACGGCCAAAAACGUCGCGUGGGCGUUGCUGCUGACGUCGCUGCUAUGGGGACGCCAACGCUGCGUCGUGAUUUGGAAAGUUUCCGGCAUUAUAACGAUGACGAUGCCACCUCCAUCGAUGAAGAUUUGCGGCUCAGCGCACGGCAUCAGCGUCGCCAGCAGGUGUCACAGUCGGUCUAUGCACCGCCGUUGCCAGCUAACAGGGACAGCAACAACAGCAGCUUUGGCAGUCUGCAGCGUUCCCGUUCCAUAUCCACGGAUGAUCUCAGCAACGAUUGCUGGCAGCAGCAGACCGGAGAGGAGGAAUUGCCGUGCGGCGAUUGGCGACGCGUUAGCAAACUGCGUCGCUCGUUUCAGUCGCAGGACUAUCACAAUAAAACACAAUCCCGACCCAGACCAUUGCCAUUGGAUUUGCCCAGCAGUUCGGUAAGUGUGGCCCGCAUCCGGGCGGAGCUGGAGAACGGACGCAGGCUCAAUACGGCCAUGCGCAACAAUCACGUGGAUCUAGCAGCCCUGGACAGCAUACUAAACACAACAGCCGCAUCGGUAGCAGCCGCGGCAGCAGCAGCAAACGACACAUCAACUGCUGCAGCAAGCAACGCAUCCCAAUCUUCGAGUAAGCCGCUGGUAACCAAACGUGAGACAUUUUUGACUGCCGCCUCGCUGCAAGAGAUACGCGGCAAAUUGAAGAAGCUGUCGGACGAGAGCCUCUACAAAGAGGAUUUCGUUGCGCACCACCAACAGGCCAGCAACAGGCAGCCGGCCACAAUUGAGCCACCGCCGCCAUCCGCCUUUCGGCCGGUUCACAAUACGCACAGCCUGGAGACGCGUCAGCGGCCAAAGGACAACAAUUCAAGUGAAUGGCAUUCGCGUCGCAAGUCUUACGGCUUUGAGAAGAUGUCCCCGCCCGAAAAUCGUAGCAUUUUUCGUGUGGACGCCUCCACGGACAGCGGCUUGGGUCGUUCGGGUGAACAGUUGGGCAACUGGUCGCCCACGGAGCGUACCGCAACGUCGGCUGCAAAUGGAGCCGGCUCCACAAUAAUACACUUUGGCCGACAGCAACAGGUGGGAAAACCGGCAAUCAGCAGCGAAACGGAGCAGUUGAGCAAGCGGCAUUCGAUUGCUGUUGAGGAAACUUGGCGCGAUAUAAGGAAAACUUCACAUGUGCAUGUUAAUGGCGAUUCCAUAAAUGGCGGCAGCAACAACAACAGCUCCAGCCAGCUGCAACGCAGCAGCGCUCAGAAACGAGUUGAGUUCUGUAAAACCGAGGUGCACUUUGCUGCCGAAUCGGGCCGCGUUAAUAUUGUGGAAACUGAUGGCAAGCCGCCACCCACGCAAAACUUUCGUCGGCGUCGACGCACCGCCAGUGGACCGCUGCAGAGUCUGGUGAAGUCGGCCAGUGUAAGCAGCACGACCACCACCAGCAGCAGCACAACCACCACUAAUAACAACUCCAGCAACAAUGUCACCCACUUUGGCGACGAUCCGACAGUGCGAGCCAAAACUAUUGCCUCCACCACAGUAGCCUAUCGCGCCACACUAAUGGAGCCGCCAGAGCUAGUCACCCAACCGGUGGCCGGCACACAGGUGACGGUGAUAACGAAACCAUUAGUGGAGCCACGCUACAGCUUGCUGGAGACAACGAGCUCCACGUCGCGGCACAGCUACACCUCCACCAGCGGUGUGGAUACAACCGACAAUGAAACAGACGAACUGGCCAAUAUACGGGGCAUAUUGAAGAAUAAGCCAGUCAAACCGAAACCCUAUCAUCUGGGCGAGAAUAUUGAGAGCGCUGAAGCGCUCUGGAGUGUCCCAGCCACCAUCAAGAGCGAGAAUCGUGAGAGCAGUCCGCCAAGUCGUGAUAAUGCUACAGUCGAAUCACCAAUAACCACCAAAUCGGUGGCCGAACGAGUCCGAAUCGUGGAGCAGAGGCAAUUCGAGAAGCAACAGCAGCAGCCAUCGCCAGCUGGAAAUGGCUAUUCGACCAAGAUCAAUGUGAAUCUGGGCGCCGAGGAGUGGACCGAAACAGGUCGUCGUCGCAGUAGCGCACAGGAACUGCUGCUGCAGGACCUGCGCGCCCAUCAGCGCAUCCUGGACGAAGGUCUCAAGUCGACAUCGUUGAUAAUGAAAACCAUGCGAUCGGCAAGUGAAUUCGAUGAGGCAAUGCGUCGAUUGAGCAUAGCCUCGAUCGAGUCCGCUCUGAUACAGCCCACGAUUGUGGUGCCGACGCCCAUGCUGCGCUCGCAUAGCUAUCAGGAGGAGAGCAGUCGCCGCACCUCGACCACAUCGAUUACCAGCAGUGAUCUAUUUGGGAGCACACUGUACGACUCGCUGCCGCGCACGCCGCUCGCACCGCCUCGUCUCAAGCUCUUGGGCAAUACGCAAAUACCAGUGAGCCAGCAGUUGACUCAGCUGCGUAGGCUCUAUGAUGCCGCCGAGCAGGAGGAGGACAGCGCCGAUGAGGAGGUUAAGCGUUAUUUCCGCGAGAACAACAACAACAACAACAACAGUGAUAGCGGCGGCGGCACACAGUGCAGCUCCUCGCCCGAGGAUGUGGUGCUCAAGGGCACCGAGUACUCGAGCAGCUGGAGCCGGCUAAAGGCCAAGCGCACCAUCUGGAAAAUCGAGGCGCAAGAGCAAACGCUGCAGCGCACAGAUCUGCCCAAGUCGAAUGUGAUGAGCAUCGCGUUGCAUGCACCGCGGCUGCAGAAGCCGCAGCCCACACCACCCACGCUGCGCACCGGGCAGCUGGUGCCGGUGGCCAAGCCGCGUACGCUGCUCGUGCAGCCCCAGCCCCAGGCCCCACCCCAAAAGCAGAUGCCAGCGCACGGACACACGGACAAUGGAGACAAUGAGUCGGGCAGCGAAUCUCUUAAGAUUGUUCGUGAAGCACGCGGCGCACGCAAGUUGCGUGAGCACGAGCUCUCCUAUUUUGGUGUACAACAUUCGCCGACGGCCACGCAGAGCGGCAACAAGUUGCAUGCCACGCCCAGUAAUCCACGACGCACGCUGCCCACGCGCAGCAAGCAGACCCACGCCGAGGAGGCAACGAAUCCAUCAGCAAUAACAACAACCACAACCAAGUGGCAACUAUUGAACGAUCGACCCGAUUUACUGCGGCACAGUCCGCAAGCCAACGAUGAUGAUCACGAACUAGCUGAGCAGCAGGAGGAGCAGGAGGAAGAAGAGGAACACUGCUAUGAAAACAUAGCCAACGAGCUGACCACAACGUUUAGGGUCAAGUCGCCGUCGCCAGGCGGCUACGAGCGUAAAACGGAUUUGCAGCGCGAUGCGCAAAUACUCAGCGAGAUGACACGCAACGCUGAUCAGACAAUGAAAGCCCUCUCCGAUGAGGCCGCUUUCAAGGAUCAGCGACGUCGUUCGUGCUCGCUGCAGAGGCGCAGCGCCAAGCCCUUGGCCACCAUCGAUGAGAAGGUCAAGGCCGAUGCCACCAAGGCAUUGAGUGUGGCUCGCGGCACGUUCGCCUCGGAGGCGCGACGCAAUUCACGACAAUCGACGCCAUCCCCGACGCGAGCACGCAGCUCGUCUCAGUCGUCAAUUGAGUGCUGUCCGCGCGAUCGCUCGCGCUCCAGUUCGCGUGAGUCGAUGACCCACGGAGGCGGCUCCUCGGACGAGCAAUCGAGCAAGCAGCGCGUAGAGCGCUUGCGCAUGCGCACGCCCAAGCGUGAGAAGACACGCCACGAGCCAGCCGAACAUCAUUCGUCCAGGCAGAGCAGCAGCGGCAGCAAACCGAGCACCAGCAGCAAGCUACGCAGCACCUCCAGUUCGGCGGCGGCAGCGGAGAGCAAGCGCUCGCACCACCACAGCCGCCAUCGCGAGAAGGAGCACGGCAGCGAGCACUCGACCAAACACAGUUCGGGCUCUGCCUCGGGCAGUCGACUGCUGCGCUCCAUGCGUGUCACCGAAGAGAGUCGUCCGCGCCCCAGCAGCUCGCAGCGCACCAGCGACCGAGAGCGAGCACGGGGCUCUGAGCGGCAGCGAGAUGAGCUAACACGUUCGCGUGGUCACUCCAGUCGCUCCAGACACAGUGAGCCGAGCGCAGCUGCGCACAAGUCGAGCAAAAGCAGUCGCAGCAGCAGCAGCCACAAUCACGACACAUCAAUGUCCGCACACAGAAAGUCGACAGCAGCAGCAGCAGCUAAAGCAACAACAAAAUCCACAACAGUGCACAAAUCAACAACAGCAACAGCACAAGCAACAGCAACAACAGCAGCAACAGCUACGGCACCAAUCAGCAGCACGACAACAACCACAACACCGCACAACGAACUGACGUACGUAUACGUAACGAAUUUAGCCAAUACACAAACCGCCGAGGAUACCGACUAUGCCAGCAUCGAUGAUGGGGCAACAACAACAACAAAGCCUACAGAACAAGCAUUGCCAUUGCCGCCGCCGCGUCGCAAACGCAAACGUUCGCUAUUGCCCGUGCCCAUACGUACCACAGCCACGCCCACUGCCGCCUACGAGCAUCGCAUUAAGCUGGAGAUGAUACCACAGGCGGCCAGCUAUUCGAAUCAAUCGACAUUGCGCUGCAAGCAGCCAGCAACGCGCAAAUCAUCACUGAAAUGCACCCAAUCGACCAGCUCGAGCUUUGCCUUUCUGCCCUAUUUGCCGGCCAAGCGCAACUCGAACGUUAGCCACGUCUAUGACAAUUAUCUGCUGUACGCAGCGCCUACCACGUUGGCUGGCAGCAAACUGCGGCCCUAUCAGCACAAUUUGAGCAACGAUCACGCCCAGCUCUUUGGCAGCAGUGGACGUGGUGGCGGUGCUGUUGCUGGCAACGCCAGUGGUCCGCUGGCCAGUGGACGUCUGGGCAGCUGGCCAAAGCGUUUGCGCAUGCGGCAGGUGCGCAGCAGCGUCUCCACGCACCAGCCCUUCGGCAUCUGCACAUGUUCAUAGUCAGCGCUGGAGCAGAUCACAAAAACCAAAUAGCAAGUCGCGCAUGGAUGGGCGCGAACCGGAUCUCGUCACAGUUAACAGACGGUGACACUGACACACAAUCACAGUCAAAGUCACAGUCACAGUCACAGUCACAGUUUUUCGCUCACGUUUAACCACCUAUGCACGCCAACAAUAUUCCUACCUUUAUAUAGAUUUCUGAUAUUUUUCUGGGCAUUCUUUGAUAUUUACCUCACGAAACGCAGCACGCCAAUCAACACGAAUUAUAUUAAACAAAUUAUUUAUCGAAAAGAACGAUUCGCAGUUAUCUAACCUGUGUUCCUUCCCCAUACUAAUACUACUUAAAAA